AUGAUGAUUUUAUCAAUAAUGAUGAAAGAUCCAAAUCCUUAUAAUUUAGGAUAUUGGAUGGAAUCAAUGGUUAAAUCUGAAGAGCAAAUCACUAAAGAAGAAAAUGCCACAUUAAUACCCCCACUUCCAUUUGAUUUAUUACCAGAUACUCAUAAAAGAUUUCUUAUUUGGAAAGAAAAGAAGGAAAAGAAAGAACAAUUAAAGAAGUUGAAAGAAGCAAAAAAGAAGUUUAAAGAAGAAAGAAAAAAAUUGAAAGAAAAUCAAACACAAGUUGGUUCAUAA